UAGAAACGCACAAUACCAUUAAGCGCCAGAGCUUGUGCUAAUUACAGUUAACUCACUAAUGCCAAGGAAGGCGCAGAAAAAACACUUUUGAGGAGAAUGGAGAUGAACAGUUAGAUGUAGGAAAAUUAAUUGAAGUCUCUUGAGCUUAAAGACCUGGAUCUUAUUAAGGAGCAGGGCAUCAGCUCGUCUUACUGUCUUCAGCCAGCAACAACAGCGAUGGAUGGAACUCGCCUACCUCCACUGAUGGAAGAGGUCGGGGACACUGCAGAGGAAUCUUAUAAUGAGAGGCCAGAGAAGCCUGAGGUGGAGCUGACUGCGGUGGAUACAAAGGUAAAGGUAGAAGAGCAGAAGACUGGGGGACAGGAAAGUGAGGAGCUGAUGUCAGAUGAACAGGAGCUUGAGGAGUUGAGGUCCCAGGUCAUACAGCUGCUCAUCGAGCUGGAGGAGACACGGGAACUCUCCCAGAGACACGAGGAGGGCUUUCUGGAGUUACAAGGUCUGUUAGAGGAUGAACGCAUGGCAAGUGCCCAUCAGGCUGAGACCUUCACUAAGCAGAUACAGAGAUUACAAGCCCAGCUGCGGUCAGUGCAGGAAGAGAUAGACAGCCUGGAGGAGGAGAAGGAGAGCGAGCUGUCCGAGGCGCAGGAGGAGCUGCGGAUGGCGCAGGAGGAGGUGCUGGUGCUGCAGCAGGCAGCAGAGGAGACGGCGGCAGAGCGGGAGAAUGACAUCGCCAGCCUGCAGGAGGAGCUGUGCCGCCUGCGCGCCGAGCUGCAGAGACUGCACGCCACCAGGCAGGAGUACGAGCUGGAGAUCACCAGCCUGAGGGCCGAGAUCCGCAUGAAGAGCCAGGGCAGUGCCCACGACAGAGAGGAGGGGGAACCGCUACAAGGUGAAGUGCGGACGCUGCGGGAUGAGUGUCGGAGCCUGAAGGAAGAGUCUCAGUCUUUGAAGGAGGACAACAAACAGCUUCUGAGGAAACUGCAGCACUUGUCACAAAACAGGGAGAGCACUAAUGACCUGUAUCUAGCACUAAAGGAGGGCACUCUGUGCAGUGAAGGUGAAAAGCCUUCCACUGGAAAGAAAGAUUUAAGUGGUGGAACAGAAGAAGAGGGGUAUGAGGUCGGCAGGACCGGGAGUUACAUGACUUUAGCAGAGUCGACCUCAAACUGUAGGCUAGUAGAUGCAUCUGUUCAGAAGAAUAUAUCGUUUGAUGGAAAACCAAUGACACCAACAGGUGGCUUAAAUGGGGGAAGUUUCUCAUCAGGCUUUUCAGAAGUUGCCUCUCUUCGACAACAACUGAAGCAAGCUGAAGAGAAAGCUCUUUGUGUGCAGCAUGAGUGUGCAGGGCUGCUGGGUGAACUGAGGGAGCUGCAGGGCCUUUACAGCACCAGCCAGAAAGAAAGGGCUGAGCUGGAGAGGGAGCUUCAGAAGUGCCGGGAGGAGAUGCAGCAACUCACAGAGAAGAAUGCAAAGAACUCUUCUACCCCUGAGCCACCUGUUCUGUCCAUCCCCCUAAUAGGAAUGAUUGUUAUAGUGGCCCUACUUUGGUGCUGGUGGGCGGAGUCUUCAUUCUAGAGGUGAAAAGGGGCCUAUGGGAGACUGGAGCCCACUGAUGCUGGUGGCUGUAGCUGCAGCUGUUGUCCUGAUCUUCCCAAGCUUGACCAGGGCACUCUCCUGAGGAUCUCACUAGGGUCUCUCAGCAGCACUCCACUUCCAAGGGCAACGCUCCCUCACAUCAAUGCUUAUGUCUGCUGCUUUACCGCUCGGCUUUGCACCCAAGAUAUUAUUGGGGUUUGACGACAUCUCUGCUUGACAACUAGCCAGCAGUCUGUGGAUUUGUCAUUUCCCCUCCUGUUGCUUGAGCUCCUAUUCCUUGGACGACCAUUAAAGAAACUGUAGAAUAUCUUUUGGAUGCAUACUCACUACAUUAUUUCAAGAAAGAUGAAAAGCCAGAAGGGGAAGCAAUUUGCCAACAGUGCUGCUCCCUGCAAGUUUUUAAAUCCCUCUGUUUAUUCUUCGUUAUUGUUAAUUUAGUGCUUGGCCCUGCAGUGUGGACCAGAAUUAAUUUCCAAAUACCUUGUUCAGAGUCAAACCAGUAUUACAAAUAUGUGGGUCUGUUUAUAAGAUCUUAAACAUAGUGUGCUAUUGAAAGAGGCCAGGAGGCAUUUUGGACUGCAGAUCUCACAUUCCACUUCUACUACUCUAAGUUCAUUUGAAUAUGCUACAGAAUUUUAGAUGUAUUUAUUUAUUUGGAACAAUGUAAAGGGUCAUUCCGCCUUACAGAUUGGUGUUAUUAGCUUUUUUAACAACCAACAUGCAGAGAAAGAGAAGCACAAUGUUCAAAAUUGCUGAUUAAACAUGACCUGUAGUCCAAGCAAUCUUGAAAGAAACCUAGCUGCAAAAUCAAAGGAAAACUUACUUCAGAGUAUAACAAAUCCGAAAAAUCAAACAAAUUGACAUCUAUUUCCUUACAAUGCUUCAUUGAAAUAUCCUUUCUUGAUUUACCUAAAAGCAUGCUUUCCUUUCACUAUUUGCAUUGGUGGGCCUCUCAAUGGCUGUAAACCUUUUUGCUUGUCCAUCUGACGUAGAGACUUGCCUAUCAGAUACUCAAACUACCAUUGGCUUUUUGGAACACCGUUGAAUGAAAUACCCUUUCAUGCACUGAGCAGUUGCAUGCAUUUCUCUGCUGAGGAUCUACAAACAAAAGGAAUAAGCCUUCUUAAAUGUUUAAUCAUGGCCUUCUUUUUCUUUACUCUUUUCACAAACCUUUCCUUCAAAAUUCUUGACUAUUGCAAAUAACUAUGUCACUCCAUUGGAGGUAAUGGCAAGUCUGGAAAAAAAUGCCUGUAAACCUUUUUUUUUCCUUUGGUUGUUGACUGAAACAUAAUCAGAAAACUUAAAGCUUCACUUAUCCUUGAACUGAAAUGUCGUACAUUUCUGGAUAGUCUGUCUGUAUUUUGUGGUUCCAAUUUUCCAUGUGUGGGUCUAUCAAUAUCCAGACAGAGGUCCAUGGGUUUCUCUCUUCAAGUCCCCUCUUUCUUUCAGCCCCUAGGCCAUCAAUGUUUUAUGAAUAAUAUACAGGAGCUACUCCCAGGUCUGUAUUUUUAUAAAAUAGUAGUCUUACGAGGAUAGUAAAGCUUUUUACCGUAGAUAUGGCACGCUACAGUAAUGUUUCACUACACAAUAUUUCUGCACCACUUUUGCAACAAUUAACUUACUAACCUGUGUAACUUUUGAAUUGAAGCAAAUCAUAGUAUUAAUUUACAUUCAGCAUAUUAGUUUUCAACAUUUUGCGUUCAUGGUGUUUUUUUUUUUU